CCUAAAGCAAUUUGAUUAUAAUUCAAUUCAUGACGAUCAUAAGUAGAAAUCUCAUAUUCUUCGGUCAUUGAUAAGCAAUUCGUUGGACAAUACUCAACGCAAUUUCCACAAAAAAUACAGAUUCCAAAAUCAAUACUGUAACUAAGUAACCGUUUCUUUCGAAUAUCAGUUUCUAGAUUCCAAUCAACAACUGGUAAAUUUAUAGGCAUACACGAACACAUACUUCACAAGCAAUGCAUUUAUCAAAUUCAAAGUGGAUUCGGCCCCGGAAAUGCUCAGCUGUAAUGAACUUUUCAUAAGGAUAUUGAAUAGUUAUAGGUAAACAAUUUGCGUGAGAUAAGGUAAUCAUGAAACUUUGACCAAUGUAUCUUGCAACUCGGAUGGUUUGUUGACCAUAAUUCAUGAACCCGGUUAUCAUGGGGAACAUAUCUAUAAUAGCAAUGAAUAAUUUUCUUUCUCUUGUUUGAGAUAAGUCGUGAAUGUCAAAAAGUAUUCCUUUUUUUCCUUUUUAUAGUGAAAGGAGUUGGGAAGAGGUUGUUAAUAAUAGAUUACCGAGAGAGAUAGGUAAAAGAAAUUUUCAUCCAAGAUUUAAUAGUUGAUCCAUUCUUAGUCUAGGUAAAGUCCAUCUUGUUGUGAUAGAGAUGAACGAGAACAAAUAAGUUUUAACCGAUUGUUAUUCCAAAGACUCUGCCCACGUUAUUUAUUUCAAAAAAUUCAGUCAUGAAUAUGUACAAAAUAAAGAUAUUCCAACCGCCCAAGUAAAGAACGGUUACAAAUAAUGAAGAAAUUAAUAAGUUUAGAUAGGAAGCAACAUAAAAUAAACCAAAUUUGAUACCCGAGUAUUCCGUUUGAUAACCUGCUACUAAUUCUUCUUGUCCUUCUGGUAAAUCAAAGGCAAUCUCUCGCAUUCUGCUAGGGAAGAGAUUAAAGAAAUAAUAAAUCCUAUAGGUAGACGCCACAAAUUCCAACCCCAAAAACCAUAUUUUUAUUGUGCCUCAAAUAUAUCAACUAUACUUGAAUUGUUAGAUAAUCAUAGUCGGUGAUAAUAUCACUAUUCCCAUUGCUAUUACAGAACUGUACAUGAGAUUUUCACCUCAUACGACUCCUAUAAGUAGGGGUGGCUACACGGUCCGGUUCGGUUAAAUUGGCCCAAAUUGAUUUGGUCCCGGUCCGGUCUUUUUGGGAGUAUAAGGACCAAAGAUGGGAUUGGAUACAGUUCGGUCUUGACCCGGUCUGGUCCCAAUUUGGUCUUGAUUUUAGAUUGAGUUUGUGGAGAUUUGAGUGGCCUGAGGCCUCAAAGGGUGAGGAGUUGGUUAAGUUUUGGGUGUUGGGGUCUCUUAUCCGGUUUUUGAUCCGGUCUCAAACGAUUUUUUACCUCAAAUCUAAGCCCGAAUAUGAGAUUGGAUUGUUUGCUAUCCGGUCCCAGUCCGGUCCCGGUCCGGGUUAUACGGUCCGAUUUCGGGUAAAACCAAACAGUCCGGACCAAAUAGCUAGCCCUACCUAGAAGGCCAUAAAAAAUAUAAAUCGGACCAGAUUCUUUUUUUUUAUCUUGUAUCUUGAUCUGUUUGUACGAUAGAUAGGAAAAAAUCUAUUGGACAUUCCAAAAAUUCGAACAAUGAAACUCAAUCGGUAAGAAUAACUUCUGAAUUGAUCUCAUCCUUUAAGAUAAGAACUUCAUCGUAAUAUGUUUUUCUUUCUUGAGUAAUAACUUAAAUCCAUCAAUAAAAUACUCUUUGUAACAAUAUUAAUAGCUAUCUCAACUUAUGGUUUUCACGUACCAAUUUUUUUAUUGCAUUAGUUCAUAAAUUAUUACACGAGUUUGAUCUUAUCAAUAUAAAUAAGCUAAGCUAACAAAUAAGAGAUUGGAUAGAGCUCUCUGCUCCCAGGCUUGGAUCGAAAGAUUCCCUGACACGCUGAUCAAGCAUUUUACAGAUCAGGGAUCAGAUCAUCGAGCUCUAAUUCUCUCUGAUAAACCAUACGUAAGAAAUUGUUGUCCUGUAUUCCGGUUUGAUGCUCGUUGGGUAGAGAAUCCGGAAGUUAAGGCCAUGGUGAAUUAUGUGUGGUUCGAGGAGGUCCACGGCACCCCUAUGUAUCAGUUAUGGGAGAAGUUGAAAAAGCUUUGCCAUCUACUCUAUGAUUGGAGUAGAGCGGACACUACUAACUCGCUCAGGAAUAUUAAAACUCUUCAAUAUGAAAUUGAUCGGGUUAAGCUCUGACAUCCGAUUAACGGGGAGGAAGUUAGGGUGUUGGAAACAGAGCUGAACCGGCAGUGGGAAGCAUAGGAAGCUUAUUGGCAGCAGAAAUCCAGGGUCCGUUGGCUCAAGAAGGGAGAUCAAAACUCCUCAUACUUUCAUACGGUCACCCGAGCCCGACGGAAACAUAAUUUUGUUUCGGGACUUCACAAUGAGGAGGGAGAAUGGAUUACAGAGGAACGAGGGAAGGUUGAUAUUGCAACGGAUUUUUAUCAACGCUUCUUUACCUCGGAGAAUCAUGUUCAUAACAUGGACUUAGGAUUGCUAAUCUUCCGAUUGAGUGUAAGGUUUCUGCGGAGAUGAAUGAUUCCCUUACGACGGAAGUCCUCCCUGAAGAAAUUCGUAAAAUCAUUUUCGCUCUGGGAUCUAAACAGGCCCCAGGAUUGGAUGGGUUCACGGGGAAUUUUUUUAAAUCUUUCUGGGAUAUAGUGGGUGCCUCGGUGAUUGAGGCGGUUGGGGACUUCUUUUGCACGAGCAUACUGCUCCGUAGCUUCAAUCACACCUGGCUUACGCUGAUCCCUAAGGUGGAUAAUGUUGAAAAUAUGACCCAGCUUUGGCCAAUUAGUCUCUGUCAAUUUGUGUACAAGAUCAUUACUAAAAUUAUGGCAGAAAGACUUGCUCAGUUCUUGUUCCUUAUCAUAUCAGAGGGUCAAAAUGCAAUUAUCCGCGAACGUCAAAUUGUGGAGAAGAUUUUGCUCGGGCACGAGUUAAUGCAUUAUCUUAAAAUCAAAAAGUAAGGAAAGAGAGGGUACAUGGCUCUAAAGGUUGACAUGGAAAAAGCCUAUGACAGAGUUGAAUGGCCGUUUCUUCUUGCAGUUUUGAGAAAGUUAGGUUUUAACUCGGUCUAGUGUGGUUGGGUUCAGGAAUGCCUUCAGUCAGCCUCUUUCUCGGUGCUCGUGAAUGGAACCCCGACUGUCUUCUUUACUUCGUCUCGUGGCCUAAGGCAGGGUGACCCAUGAUCCCCAUUGCUUUUUGUGCUUUGCACGAAAGGUUUAGCGGCACUCCUCCGACAGGUUAUCACGAUGGGUAAACUGGAAGGGGUAAAGGUAGCUCCGAGGGCUCCGAGGAUCUCGCAUCUCUUUUUUGCGGAUGAUUCUUAUUUGUUCCUUAGAGGCUCUUUAAGUGAGUGUGAAAAUCUAAUCGAGGUUUUAAACACUUACGAAGAGCUUAGUGGACAAAGGGUUAAUCUGGGCAAGUCGGCAGUUUGUUUCAGUAAAAAUCUCUCGUUGCCUGAUCAGGACUUCCUCACCGCUGUAUUGGUGGUUGGAGCAGUUGGGGUCCAGGAUAAGUACCUGAGGCUACCAACGCUGAUAGCGCGUUCUAAGAUGGCCACUUUUCGGUUUCUGGAGGAAAAGCUGUUAAACAGGCUUUAGGGGUGGAAGCAGAAGACUUUAUCUUGGGCGGCUAAGGAGACUUUGAUCAAAUCAGUCGCCUUAGCCUUACCUCUUCACGUGAUGUCCUGUUUUAAACUUCCACUUUCCUUGUGCCGGCUUCUGGAUAGGCACGUGGCUAGAUUCUGGUGGGGAGUGGAAGGGGGACACUCCAAAAUGAGAUGGAUAUCCUAACGUAAUAUGUGCACUAGUAAUAAUGAGGGGGGCAUGGGAUUCCGCCGAUUUGAACAAUUUAAUCAGGCUUUGUUGGCUAAAAUUGGGUGACAAAUCCUGUCUGAACCCCAGUCGCUGCUGGCACAAGUCUAUAAAGGGAAGUAUUUCCCUCGCGGGACUUUUCUAACAGCUAUGGCCAGGUCUUGUCCAUCGUGGGGUGGCAGAGUACCAUUAUGACCGUCAAUUGCUUCAACGUGGUCUCCGUUGGCAGAUUGGCAAUGGGCGGACUGCUUCUCUCCUCUCUUCUAGUUGUAUUCCUCUUCUUCAUCAUGAUGCCCCGGUAUAUAACCCGCAAGUUCUUUCAGUUGAGGGUGAACCGAUGGUAGACUCAGUUAUAUGCCAAGGUGAGGGGAAAUGGUGUGAUGCGAAGCUUCAACAAUGGUUUGACCCAACAGUAGGCCGGGCAAUUAAGGCUAUCCCCCUACCUUGUGGGAAUAUGGAGGAUAGGUUAAUUUUGCAUAUGACCUUUGAUGGGAUCUUCACAGUUAAAUCGGCCUACCACCUUGCGGUCUUGCUCGACAAACAGGAUGGUAGGUGGAGGACGAAGGUUAGCUGGAUGGAUAAAUCGAGUUGGAUACGGCUGGGGGAUGCUAAUCUUCCCCCAAAGCUCAAAGUUUUAUGUGGCAAGUGUUCCUUUGCAUCCUUCCGACAAUAGAGGCGUUGAUUGAGAAAGGUGUUCGGGUCCAGCCUCGUUGUCCUGUCUGCUGGGCGUAAAAGGAAACAAUGGAGCACCUGUUCUUGGAUUGUCCAGUAGCGAGGGCACUCUGGGAUCAGGCGGGCCUUGAGCAUCUUGGUCAGGGGUUGCCAAGGCAUACCUUCCCUCUGUUUAUGAAGAAGUUGAUGAAUGUCGUUCACCAUCCUCAUUUAUUCAUGGUUGUUGUAGUUGUCCUGUGGCGGAUUUGGAAGUCUCGUAAUUGGGUGGUCUUUCAGAGCAAACAAUUCGAAUUCCAUCACUUUUGCGACAGUAUUAUCAACAGUAUCCGGAAUGGAUGAGGCUCCCUGUUGACCGAGUUCAGCAUCCCUGCAUGCCUAGUGUUUCGUCUGGUUUGACCGUUGUGUUGCAGACUGUUACCUGUCAGUGGAUGGCGCGACAAAGGCUGGUUCGCAUGCGGCCUGAGGGAUUGUGAUUAAUGAUCUCGUCGGGAACGUACUUCUGGCUCGUGGAAUUCAGUUGCCCGAUACGGAUGACCCUUUAGUGGCAGAGAUGUUGGUUCUUCGGGAAGCGGUGGUGUGAUGUCUGGAAUUGGGGUUUCCAGCAGUUUGCUUCCAAGGUGAUGUCGAGGUCAUUAUUGAUAAACUUAAUCAGCGGGAUGCGAGGGAUGAUCGGGUUGGGGUUGUUCUUGAAGAACUCAUUCGGGUGUUUACGUGUCAUAGUGCGUUUAGUGUUCGCUUUGUAGGUCGGAGUAACAAUAGGGUAGCCCAUUUGGUGGCUAGAAAGGCCCUCGCUUUGUACCCGACUGGUUGUCGAUCUUUUGAUUUCCAAGCCUGGCUGGUAUCCAAGAUGUAAUAUCUUUUUCUCCAAUCAAUAUAUCUGAUUAUCUUUUGUAAAAAAAAAAAGAUAUAAGAUAUAGGUAAGAAGAAAAAAAAUCUCUUUUUUCCUUCCUAUUCUUCUUUCUGAAAAAAAGGAUUAUUUCGUU